CGAAUUUUCGCUCGUUAGUUUGAAAUACGAGCAGGCGUCAACACGCAAUAUCAAUGGUUUCUCUUACGCCUACAGUGCUCAUAUUGAUUUAUCUAAGUACCACUUGAAAGGUGGGCUUAGGGGCCCAAUUCGCUUAAAAGCUGCCUUCUUGUGUCGAUAGAACAGUAGCACCAAAGCAGAAGUCCGUCCUUUACAUCUAUAUCAGGAAGGAUAUGGUGGAGUGACCGUCGCAUAGCAUGAUUGGACAGCACAAAGGGUUUGUGCUUUGUGUGGACUACACCCUGUAAGGCUGCCUUCCGGAGUUCGAAAGCUAAGGUAGCAGAUCAAUAGUCACUGUUGUUGAUGAGAAGACCAUGGGUGUGGACGAAUACGAUUAUAGACUAGCUAUUCAAUGAAGAUUAUUUCUUCGCAAAUGGCUGUUUGUCAUCUGGCAUUUCAAUGAAGUGUUGUACUUUUAACAAUAUUCCACAGAGUAUGCUACAGCCUUUUGGCGGUAAUGAUGACUUCAUAAAACCAACCACUUCAAGUAUUUCAUUCCUGGGAAAAAAAAAAUUAUACUAAAAAGUAUUAAAAUGUCUGUUUUUAAAUUCUAAAUGAACAAUAUGCUUUAUUGUGUUGUUUCAGUUUUGGACAAAGAAUAGUAAAUAAUCCACUGAGAGUACCAUAUCACUUUGGGUUACCGUGUUGUUAUCGACUGAAAGUCGUUCUGUAUACAAGAGCUUUGGCAAACAGUUUGAAUGACAUUCGAGAUAUUUAAGAAAGUUAUAUAUGUUCACGCUGUCAUCUCGUUAUAAAGAUUUGAUUUGUGAUAAAUCUACACGGACCACCUUUGCUUGAAUCAUAUUCAGUCCAAGUGUGUAACUUCUAUGACUUUUGUACUUGAUCAAAUACGACAGAGCUGUUAAAUUAAUCAGCAGUGAUUUUUAGCAAUAAAUAUGAUUGACGAGUUCUGUGCUUUAUAUGGCUUUCUUGCCAUACAAAGUGAUUUUUCUAUAACGCACAGUUUGUAUUGAAUCGAAUUGGUUUUGUCACAAUACAAGUUGUACACAAACGGUUGGAUUAUGGUAUCGACUGAAAAUUAUGACAUUCUCUGUGAUCUGUCGUCUGUUUGUCUUGGGGACCUUUCGAAAAACAGACGCCUCAUGGAUAUCAAGCGGGGACGUGGCUAUCUUAAGACAAUCGACAGUUUAGCACAGGAACAAUGGACUGCAUACGGCAAAACACCAUUACUGGCAGCUAGGGUACGCGAUUUACGUUUGGGGCCGGUAGAAGCCAAGGAUAGAUAUUCCACAGAUUCACAAGGGCAUGAUCAUAAAGUUUUACUUGGUGACAAAGCAUCCAAAAUAAGUGCAUCGCCUUUUCCUAACAAAACACUAGCUGCUAAUUCUCCUGGAUUCACUGGUGUUCCACAAGAUAAAGCAAAUGGAUACUCCAGUCAAAGGAUUAAGGGAACAAGCAAGGUUGGUCGUACAGACUAUUUCAAUACAUGGGGGUCGAGGGAAUGGGAUUACGAGGACAAACUGGUCCCUGAAAACUAUCCAAGGAUCGUCAUGCCGAAGCAGGGAAUCAUGAUGAGUCGUGUGGCGAAAAACAAACAUAAUCGUCGGUUUCGAACCAAGACCGAUUUCCGAUCGCGAAAUGGAACCAUCGGAAUAAUAACUCCCCAAAAACCUGUGCCUUUCGUUGAACAAGCAGGAAAUAUUAGUGUUGUGGAAAGCUUCGACCCGGAGACCCUAAAACGCGAGAAGACGUACCUGAUGCUCAAAAGAAUAGACCAACUCUUGCACCCCAAUCGUGUUUUCAAAGCAGACGUCACGUCGUCAGAGCUAGAAGUGCAUUCGACUGUUUCGAGUCUCACCGAUUCGAUGGAGGAUACAAACAUUUUGUGUAGUUUAAACAAUAUGUGUAGUUUAAACAAUAUGCCAUCAAGAAGGAAAACAUUUCUGCAAAAUGGACUUAACAAACGACUGAAAACUAAAGAAUAUUUUAACAGCCAUAGUUGCCCGUCCUUUCUUUCGGCAAUAGUUCAAAAGUUUGGAAAAUCUGAAGUUGAUAGUUACUACAAAUGCGAGCAGUGGGUGGAAAGAUGUUUUGUGGAUUCUCCCAGCAAGUCGGCUAAUUAAGAUACCAGUUGUACCAGAUAUUUCUGACAAUUCUGCGCAUUCUCCAAUUGGUUGUGAAGUUAAUAUCAGGGGUUGUAAAAUAUCAUGUGCAUCGUUGCAGUGGGUCUGAAUUUAGUCAAUAUAAGCUUUGUGUUUUUAUUGAUAUUUUAGCAAAUUAAAGUAAGGACACAGCGCCUGAUCAUGAGUUUCUAAAAUAGAAUGAGCGCUUGAGGCCGAUAUAAAUAUCUGAUGUUCAUUGUUGUUUUCUAAUAAAAUGUAAAGGUGCAUUUUAUUGAUUAGUAAUAUCGAAUUACAAUUUUUUUAAUGCUGAAAUAUUUCAAGACCUCAACCCACCCCUCCCCACCACGCGUCACCAUGCCGGUGUAAACUGUAACGGCUUAAUGCAAUGUUUAAUUAUUAAAUUAAUUCAUAAGAGUGACCGGCCUCGGUGGCGUCGUGGCAGGCCAUCGGUCUACAGGCUGGUAGGUACUGGGUUCGGAUCCCAGUCGA